AAUCAAACAAACAAACAAACGCAACUCUCACCACGUUUAACGGAAGGAGAGAGGACUUAGUGAAUGAAGCUCAUAUUUAUAUACAGUAAACUACGGUUAUAACGAACUCAAAGGGACCACUAAUUUUAAUUCGUUAUAACCGUAGUUCGUUAUAAGCAAAUAUACGGAAUAUAUACAGCAAAUAGACAGGGCCCCAAAAAUAGUUCGUUAUGUCCGUCAGUUCGUUAUAAGCGUGUUCGUCAUAACCGUAGUUUACUGUACGUAUGUAUACCCGCAACCUGUGGCAGAAUCAUGUGUAACACAGCUUAACACAUGUGAUAGGUCCAAACGAAGCUUUCCGUUCCUGAAGCUGUUGUCAUCUUAUUAUAAUAUCCAGCCAAUGACACAUGUGGAUAUCAUGCAGCAGUGUCACACCUGGAUUAAAUAUAAUUUGCACAGUCCUGUGGAGAAGCACACACUUCCAUAUCGACGUCAUUCGUUCACGACUCUUCCCACAACCGGGCGCCUUGACACACUUUACGGCGGUGAUCCACCUAUCCACCUAUUUAUAUCUCUGGGUCAUCUCGAGGUUACUGUAGUGGAUAGCGGUGUGAGAGAAGGAUGGAAGUCUCAAAAGCAAAUGUCGACCGGGGCUACGCCUGGGUGAUCCUUUCAGCUGCCUUCACCUUACAGUUCAUGGCAGGAAUACUGGCGUACUCUCCUGGUGUCAUGAACAUCGCAGUCCUGGAGGAAAUUGAAAACGAUCUGACCAAGACCUCCUGGAUCGGCUCUAUCAACUUCGGAGCUUGCACUUUACUGGGUCCAGUUGCUGGCUUGAUACAAUCUAAAGCUGGUUCCCGUAUUACAGCUAUGGUUGGUGGCGCUUUAACGCUAAUUGGCAUGACGGUUGCUUCAUUCUGCAAAUCCAUAUUUGGCCUAGUGCUAACGUAUGGCCUUGUGUCAGGAUUCGGUAUUUGUCUUGCUUGCAAUGUAGUAGGCGUUGUUACAGGGCAGUACUUUUCAAAGAGGCAAGCAACAGCGUUUGGUGUGUGCAUUGCCGGUGGAGGAAUGGGUCUGUUUGUUGCUGGGCCUCUUGUGAGAUACCUUCUCAGUCAGUACAAUCUAAGUGGCGCCCUUCUUAUUCUUGGUGCAAUAGAAUUUCAUAUGUGUGUUGCUGGUGUUGUCUUAAGGCCACUCAAACAGUCACAGAGUUCAACUGUAGUAAACAUUGAUCAAUCAGUGGAUGACAGCACAGAUAAAGAUCAAGAGUGUGCUCCACACAUAAGCAGGAAAGCUUCACAUUUGUUACAUUCUAAGUCUACAGAAAAAAAAUUUGCUAGCAUUCAGCCACAACCAUCUGAAGAAAAUACUCAUAAUGACCAAACAUUGGAAAUUUCUACUUCUGCAGAUGAUCCUCUAUCUUACCAUGCGUUUAUUUCUUCACCACAAGAAGAUACGAAGAAAUCAAGAAUAAAAUCAAAUAUAUGCCACGUUUUCAGUGCUUUUCGAGUCCUUAAGGAAAUUCGAUUUCUUAUAUAUAACCUAAGCAUCAUGCUGUGGACACUUGGUGAAUCAGCCGCUGUGUUCCAUCUUCCAUACUAUGCUCAACAAAAAGGAAGCUCGCCGGAUCAGGCUGCAACUCUUUUCACUGCAAUGGGAGUCGGAAGUGUCUUCUCAAGAGUAGUUGCGGGAAUGAUGGCCUCAGAUUCGAAAAUUCCAUACAUGGUUCUCCAAGUAGGAUUCACUGGCAUAUCUGGGGUGCUAUUGAUGUUAUUCCCUCUUUAUUCUCACACAUACAACACUCAGAUGGUGUUUGGGAUUUUAUAUGGGACAUACAGCCAAGGUAUGAAUACUCUGAUUGGCCCUAUUGUCCUUGACUUGGUUACAUUGAAGGAUGUUCCAGUGGCAUAUGGGUUUGUGUAUUACUCCAUGGGAGUUGGGUACAUUCUAGGACCUCCUGUAGCAAGUUGGAUUUUCAGGUUGAGCAUGGUAUAUGAUUUUACCUAUGUAUUUGCAGGGACGUGUUUGAUAUUCAGUUCGAUAUCUGCAGCGUUGGUAAGCGUUGUAGGAAGAAAGGUAAUGCAAGGACCCAUUCAGACUAAAACUGGGAUGGCAAGUUGAUCAACAGUGAUACACAAUGAUCAACGGAGAAACAGGAACAGAAAAUUAUCAGCGUUAGCAAUUGUGAAUUGAGAAAACUAUCACGUAUUUGCUUUUUGUUUAUGACCACAGUGAGCAAUAUUCUAGCUGUUUCACGGCAUCAUAUUCCAGCAAAAUCAAGCCUCUGGUGUCUAGAUUGCUCUUUCGACGAAUAUUUCAAAGAGCCUCUUACAACUAUUAAUCAAAAGUUGUAUAAUCAAGGCCACAACACUUACGGGCUCAGUAAAGCUGUAACAAAGUUUUAUGGUAAUCAUGUGGAGGACAUUUCCAAAUUUUGACUCAUCCGUGAAAAAAAUGGCGUCUGAUCAUGAUGCAAUUCCCUAUUUGACUUGUACCAUUUGUUCCCAUGUAUUUUUAGGUGAAGAAUUGACUUGGGUUUGCAUGUGUUUGUGACUCAACCUUUCGCGAACACCUGUCAUCAUAGCUAUUUCAUAGUGAUUCAUAAACACAUGCUCAUAUAUAGUCGGAAUCGUACAAUCGACUCUUCUUUCAGCAUAGGUUUCUUAUGAAAAUAGAAAGGGUUUUUUGCUUUUACUUUUUGUUAUAUUGUAGUGUAUUUUAUUGUUGAACAAUAACCGUGGCUGUGUUGCAUUGUUUCUGUUGAGAUUCGGUAGACGCUCAUUGCAUUGUAUUUGGACAAUGAUUAGUCGUCAGGAAUGUAGUACUAAUGCAAUGUUAGCAGUAGUCAGGAAGUUUUUAUAUUUAGCAGCCAGUGUGGUGUGUUAACUUCCGGUCCGGUAUACUGCGGAGGGUGAUAGUAUGUAACAGAAACACCCGGAAUGUUCCAGUGCCGCUUAGACUGGUGAGGGCACUGUGUAGAAAUUUCCAGUAGCUAUUGAGGCUGUAUACAGUUGGACAACAGCGUGUUUACGUGUCUCACACAUUUUCAUCUGAGAAUACACCAAGACCAGCUUUUGUUUGAAGAAUCCCUGUCGACGCCCAUCUCGGAAGCUUGAUAAACGUCACCACUGGGUGAAUAUACAAUUAUCACUGAUUUUUCCUUUCACCACUGUAUUUUCCGAUUUGAUACUGUCCACUGCCAUCCUAUAAUAUUGUACUACCACUCUUUGUGUACUGCCAUUGUUAUUGCUGUGCAGUAAUUUGUAUGAUUUGCAAACUUAAUUAGUGAAUUGUGUAAUACAUUCAUUGAUUGUAUGUCACUUGCUGGUUGUUUGUUGGUUUAACACUAAGUUCUUU